AUGGCCUCGGCGGCGGCAGAGGAUUUGCGACGCCGGCAGCGGGCCGAGCGCGAGGCCACGCUCUUGUGCAUCGACGUGUGCUCUCAGCCCUACAUUUCGGUCGAGCGCAUGCGGGAGCUGCACCAACAUUAUGAUAACAUCGUGGAGGAGCGGUUGGCAGAUGAGCGCUGCGGCUAUCCCAUCUGUCCCCACCGGCUGGCAUCUGAAGCUGUAGAGUCGGCAUACUUUGGCAGUGUCCAUAUUGACCAGAAGCAUGGGCGCAUCGUUGAUAUCACCGAAUCAAUGCGAUAUUGUAGUCGCGAAUGCUAUGCGGCGUCUCGUCAUUAUCGGCGCCAGCUCCUGGACUCGGCGGUUGGGUUGCGGUCUGAGGCUGAGCUGCGUAAUCUGCGCAACAUCAGCGUCCUUUUACCCAGUGAUCUGAUGGAUCCUGACGCGCUGGUGGCACGAUUAUCAGCAGUCCAAAUCCUUUCACCACACCCCGCACCUUCUGGGUCGGCGCGAGUCGCUCCGAUUCGAGACGUGCAGGAGCAUGUAGCCGGAGCUUCCACCCCCCAGCCAGGUGCUAAAGCCGAACUAUCGACAACGACAGCUACGACCACACCAGGGCAGCCAGCCAACAAGGGGGCAGGUCAUCAGUCAGCAUCGACGAGCUCGGCUCCCUCGCGAUCAAAUCGGCCCGAGACGUGGACCGAGGCUGAUAUUUGGGCCGAAUAUGAGGAUGCCAUGCGUGACCUUGCUGAGCAAGAAAGAGCCCAAGUCCGAGCUCGAGCAGCAGCAGAAGCCGAAGCAGCCGUAGCGGCUGCAGCGAAGGCAACAGGGUCAACAACUCCCUCGAACACGUCAACGACACUGGCAGAUUCCCAGGAACAGACCUCAAAGUCGCUGGCGACGUCGAGCGAUUCGAAUUCAGAGUCAAAGGCUGAGCGCGAACAUGGGUUGACACGUGUGGCCCGUCUGUUGCGCGAGCUGGCGGCACUACAACCAUAUGCUGGCGCAUUGGCCAACGAAGCGAAUGGGUUGACGGAGCGCUUCAUCUUGCCUACCUUGGAUACAAAUCAGCGGCAGCGUCGGCUUGAAAUUCUCAGCGCGCUUUUGAAUGACGCACUGCCUGCUGAAGGCUUGGUCUUGGAUGCGGCAGAGCGGCUUCUUCUCGGGGCUGUUCUUUUGCGCCUUUGUGAACAAGGAGCAGACAUCCCGGUCACGCUCGUUGCCAAACUCGAGCCGAAUUGA